AUGGGUGACGCUUUGGACCACCUCGCCAACCGCACCAAGCUGGAAUGGCAGUGCAACCUCAAUAUCAACUACCAGCCAAAGAAGAACCACCGCCGUACCAGCAUCAUCUGUACCAUUGGUCCCAAAACUAACUCUGCCGAGAAGAUUACCAUGCUGAGAAAAGCCGGUCUUAAUGUGGUCCGGAUGAACUUCUCCCAUGGCUCUUACGAGUACCAUCAAUCUGUCAUUGACCACACGAGAGCAUCCGCCAAAGAGUAUUCCGGCCGUCCGGUUGCAAUUGCACUCGAUACGAAAGGACCAGAAAUCCGAACGGGCAACACUCCUGGCGACGCUGACAUCCCAAUCAAGGCCGGGCUUGAGUUCAACAUUACGACGGACGACAAGUACGCUACCGCGAGUGAUGACAAGAACCUGUACCUGGACUACAAGAACCUCACCAAGGUCAUUGACACCGGCAAGUUGAUCUAUGUCGAUGAUGGCAUCCAAUCCUUCGAAGUACUGAAAAUUGUCGACGACAAGACUAUCCGAGUGCGGGCACUCAACGAUGGGCAGAUCUCGUCCAAGAAAGGUGUCAACCUUCCAGGCACUGACGUCGAUCUCCCCGCCUUGUCAGAGAAAGACAUCGCCGAUUUGCGAUUCGGUGUCAAGAACGGCGUCGAUAUGGUCUUCGCCUCUUUCAUUCGUCGUGGUGAGGACAUCAAGCACAUCCGAAAAAUUCUUGGAGAAGAUGGCAAAGAGAUUCAGAUCAUUGCAAAGAUCGAGAACGAACAAGGCAUGAACAACUUCGAUGAGAUUCUUGAAGAGACCGACGGCGUCAUGGUGGCCCGUGGAGAUCUUGGAAUCGAAAUCCCAGCAGCAAAGGUGUUCAUCGCUCAAAAGAUGAUGAUCGCGAAGUGCAACAUGAAGGGAAAGCCUGUAAUUUGCGCGACCCAGAUGUUGGAAUCGAUGACCAACAACCCUCGACCUACUCGUGCUGAAGUCUCCGAUGUCGCAAACGCCGUCCUUGACGGUGCUGACUGUGUGAUGUUGUCUGGUGAGACUGCUAAAGGUAAUUAUCCCAAGGAGGCCGUGUCCAUGAUGCACGAAACCUGUUUGUUGGCAGAGGUGGCCAUUCCUUAUGCCAAUGUGUUCGAUGAAUUGAGGACAAGCUGCCCUCGGCCCAUUGGUACUUCAGAGUCUGUUGCCAUUUCCGCCGUUGGUGCCAGUAUGGAAUUGAACGCUGGUGCUAUUCUUGUUUUGACUACGAGCGGCUCUUCCGCGCGGCUCGUGUCGAAAUACCGACCUGUGUGCCCCAUCAUCAUGGUUACGAGAAAUCCUACCGCUUCACGAUACGCUCACCUCUACCGAGGAGUGUAUCCAUUCCUGUUCCCAGAACCUAAGCCUGACUUCAACGGAACCGACUGGCAAGAGGAUGUCGACAAGCGAUUGAAGUGGGGUAUUGCCAAAGCCAUCAAGCUCGGUGUCUUGAAUGAAGGUGACAGUGUUGUUUGCGUCCAAGGCUGGAGAGGCGGCCAGGGUCACACCAACACCAUUCGCGUUGUGCCUGCUGAGGAGAAUUUGGGACUCGUGGAGUGA